CCAAGGAAGGAGGCUCUCUCCUCUCCUGCCUUCCUUUCAGGCUCCUUCUCUUGAGGCAGAUGCUCUAAGCUGCAGCAGCCCCUCCCUCCGAGACUGAAGGCCGGGAAGGAAGGAGCUUUCCCUCCCUGGGCCUGGGCGAGUCUGGACUAGUCUGGACUCUGCCUCGCCUCCUGCUCCUCCUCCCGCCCUCGGCCUGACCUUCCUGCUGCCUUCCUUCCCCGGCGGCCAUGGCUCUCUGCUGGCCAGCCAGGCUCGCCUUCAUCGCCCGAAGGAGCCUCUCCUCCUCCUCCUCCGCAGCAGCAGACAAGGUACCAAGGCAGCCAGGAGCAAGGAGAGCAGAGAGGAUGGGAUAUUGGAUAGGAUAGCAUAAACGGACAGACAGGGCUGGCUGACAGAAGACUUCCUGGACUCCCUGAGGGCAGUGGUGGGCAAUGCCAACCUCUCCACUGCCACAGCAGUUCGCCAGCAACACGGCCAAGAUGAGUCCAUGCACAGCUGCCGUCCGCCGGACGCCGUGGUCUGGCCGCAGAACGUGGAGCAGGUCUCUUUGCUGGCAAAGGCCUGCUACAGCCGUGGCGCUCCCAUCAUCCCCUUUGGCACUGGAACCGGGCUGGAAGGCGGCGUCAGUGCUGUGCAGGGUGGCGUGUGUUUUAACAUGACCCAAAUGGACCAGAUCUCAGAACUGAACACGGAGGACUUCACCGUCGCUGUCGAACCCGGAGUGACUCGGAAGGCCCUGAACAACUUCCUGCGAGGCAGCGGUCUCUGGUUUCCCGUAGACCCUGGUGCUGAUGCCUCUCUCUGUGGCAUGGCAGCCACUGCUGCCUCCGGCACAAACGCUGUGCGCUACGGCACCAUGCGCCACAACGUGCUCAAUCUGCGAGUGGUGCUGCCCGACGGGAAGGUGCUUCAUACAGCUGGGCAGAACCGGAGGCCCAGAAAGAGUGCGGCUGGCUACCAUCUCACAGGACUCUUUGUGGGCUCAGAGGGGACGCUGGGUCUCAUCACUCAGGCCACGCUGCGUCUGCACGGCAUCCCCGAAGCCACUGUGGCUGCUGUCUGUGCCUUUCCCACUGUGAAAGCGGCUGUGGACAGCACUGUGCAGGUCCUCCAGGCUGGCAUCCCCAUCGCUCGCAUUGAGUUCCUGGAUGAAGUCAUGAUGGGCGCCUGCAACCACUACAGUGGCCUGAACUACCCAGAGCUUCCCACUCUCUUCCUGGAGUUUCAUGGCACUAAAAACAGUGUCGGGGAGCAAGUCCAAGCCACAGGAGAGAUUGUGAAGUCGAAUGGUGGGUCGGAUUUUGCAUGGGCACAGGAGCAGGAGGCCCGCAGUCAGCUGUGGACGGCGCGGCACAAUGCCUGGUAUGCAGCCCUGGCACUCCGCCCUGGAUGCAAGGGCUACUCCACUGAUGUAUGUGUUCCCAUCUCCCGCCUCCCUGAGAUAUUGCUGGAAACCAAGAAAGACAUGCUGGAGUCCAAACUUACAGGUCCCAUUGUUGGCCAUGUCGGAGAUGGGAAUUUCCAUUGCCUCCUGAUCCACAAUCCUGCAGACGAAGGAGGGAGAGUGGCGGAAUUUGCACAGCGUCUGGGCAGGCGGGCAUUGGCGAUGGAUGGCACCUGCACAGGUGAACACGGUGUGGGUCUGGGAAAGCGUCAGCUUCUGCGUGAGGAAGUAGGCGAGGUGGCGCUCUCCACCAUGCGGCAGAUCAAGGCAGCGUUAGACCCGAAAAACCUCAUGAACCCCGGAAAGGUGUUGUGACAACCUGAGAUGGCCCAGUGGACCCUUCCUCUCUGACUUGGAGCAACUGCAGCUGACUCAACAUCUCAUACAAAGAGAAUGGGUAUAUGCUACCGCUUGUCUGGAGCCCAUCUCUAUGACAUUAUUAGAAAUUAAACCAGCACAGAUCAUACAUACCUUCCACUUUCUCAAAUAAUAAUGGACACUGUAAUUCUCCAAAGGGAAAUAAGGCUGGAACCAUCUUGCUGACUUCUGCCAGGGUUUGCACCAGCAUAAGAGCUUUUCAGACAUUGCAGAAGGAAGUAACCAGUGCUCAACAAUUUUAACAAACUAAAAAGGUGGAUUUGCAUGCAGCUCCAUUUCCUCUGGCACCAGUUGGCUGUGGGUUGGAGGUGAUGGGGAAUGCUCCUUCUUCAUUGGUGCCUGGCUUCAUGGAGAGGGAAUUAACUGCCUCCCCCCUUGCUGGAAAACUAAUAAUAAAGCAAAGAGAUUACAAUCAAUCAAUCAAAGUCAAAGCUCUUUGGUCUAAAAAUCACCCUCCUGGGUCUCUGCUCCAAAAUGGUUCCUUGCACUUUGAACAUCUGUGCAAACAAUUGUUGUUUUUAUGUGCCUUAAAGUGAACUCAUACCUAUGGCGGCCAUAUCCUAGGGUUUUCUUGGCACCAUUUCUUCAGAGGUUUGCCCUGGCCUUUCGGCUCAGGCAGAGAAUGUGAUUUGCCAUUGGGCUUCCAAGACUGAGUCCUUGGCCAGUGCUUUAACCAUUUUACCACACUGGCUCCCAUUGUGUCUUGUGUACCGGUGGUGUUUUACCCUCUACCAGAGUCAAAGAGGCUUUUGGCCAUUGCAGAUAAUGCAGAGCUGUGCACACUGUACACUUGCCAAAUGUCUUGGUAGUUAGCACUGGGUUGUUCAAGUACUUUAAAAGUGGUGACGAUUCCUCAUGCAGUUGUGCCUUUCUUUGAAGGGCAAGAAUUCUGUUGACUCAGCAGUCAACUGUCAGAAUCUGCAUUACAGAUUUGUAUUGUCAAGUGGAACUAAAAUAAACUGGAGUGGAAUGAAAAUAAA